CCGUUGCCUUACUUAUAUCCGUGUUUGUAUGUCCUCAUCAAGACUAUAAAACAUCUGUACUCCUCUCACAAAGUAAAACUUACGAGGAAAAUGAAGAUUUCUAUCAUCUUAGUGCUAUGUCUGGUUGUAGCAGUUUCUGGAACUAGGUAUAGGAGACCAAAGCCCAGAUUUGGAAAUGGCGGAAACGGUGGUACUUGGAAUGGCGGGAAUGGAGGAGAAGGUUUGAAUUAUGGGAGAGGUGGAGAUGGUGGUCGUUGGGACGGUGGUAAUGGAGGAAGCGGUCGAUAUGGAGGUCGUGGUGGAGAUGGUGGUCGUUGGGACGGUGGUAAUGGAGGAAGCGGUCGAUAUGGAGGUCGUGGUGGAGAUGGUGGUCGUUGGACUGGUGGGAAUGGCGGAAAUAGUGGAAAACGCUAAAAUAUUAGUGACUAAGUUUUGGACUAAUGCCAAAUUAAUAUAUGACAAAAUAUUCAAAUAUUCUUUAUAAUUUAUUUGUUUUUAGUCACAAAAAUAUAAAUAAAAUUGUGCUCGUAUCUGA